AAUUAGGUACCAGUCCACCACUUCUGUUCAAAGUCCUCCCAUCAGUUCGUAAAGUGAAAGUGCGGAAGUUCGAUCUUCCAGCAAAAUGUCUUCUCCUAAGAAUUCCCCAGGUGAAGCUAGAAAACAGAACGGUUCGCGGAAAAGAAAACGUCCCAGCUCCCUCGACUCGGAUGCGAACGGGGCAUCGAAAUACAAAAGCUGUCGCGUGGCGCCGCGUGAUCCGGCAGCUUUCUACAAGCCGGAUUUGACUAUUUCACCCUCAGAAGACCAACCUGUGGGUGAUCUAGAGCCAAUCACUUUAAAAGACGCUAAAGAUGGAAAAGCAACAAGACCUAUACGAGUGUAUGCAGAUGGAGUUUAUGAUGUUUAUCAUUUCGGUCAUGCCAGGGCCUUGAUGCAGGCGAAACGUGCUUUCCCCACAGAAGUUUAUCUUAUGGUGGGAGUGUCAAAUGAUGAGUUGACCCAUCAAUACAAAGGAUUUACUGUGAUGACUGAGGAUGAGCGGUAUGAGUCUCUCAGGCACUGCCGUUAUGUCGAUGAGGUUAUCCGUGAUGCACCAUGGUCAGUUACUCCCGACUUCAUGGAGCUCCACAAGAUUGACUUUGUUGCUCAUGACGAUCUGCCAUACAAGAGUGCUGGUGCAGAUGAUAUAUACAAGGAGGUGAAGGCAAUGGGGAAGUUUGUAGCUACCCAGAGGACAGAGGGGAUUUCAACCUCUGAUCUUAUAGCACGAGUGGUUAAAGAUUACGAUGUCUACAUCAGAAGAAACUUGGCAAGAGGUUACACUGCAAAAGAGCUGAAUGUCAGUUUUAUUAAGGAAAAAGAAGUUCAAGUCAGGCAGAAAAUGGAUGAAAUCAAAGGAAAACUAACAGACAAAUCCCAGGAAAUACUUCAAAAGUGGGAAGAGAAGUCACGUGACUUUAUAGGCAGUUUUAUUGACAUGUUUGGAAGGGAUGGUCGAUUGAACCAGUUGUUUGGCAAAGGCAAGGACACAAUAUAUGAUGCAGGGGCACGUAUAAAGGGAGCAGGGGUAAGAAUAAAGAGAGCAUUGUCACCUGGACGAAACAUGGACCUUUCAGAUGACGUGUCUCCAUCUUGCUCCCCAUCAUCGUCGCCCAAAGUUCCUCGCCUAUCUCUGGACCCAGAGAUUAGCGAUGAUGAAGAUGACGAGAUUGAUGACAAUUAUGUUAGUGGUCAAAAAGUUAAUCUGGCAGUUUAAUGAAGCAGAGACACCUCAGUUUGCCAUUUGAUGUUAUAAUGAAAUCCAAAUGAUAAAUAAUAUAUUUUAUUAAAACCUGAAGACAAAGUUAUCAGUCAUCGGCAAAAUGAGAGGAAAAGGUUGUUUCAUUGUUGGGUUAUGAUUGACAGCAGGUUGUUAAUGUACAUCAUGAUAAUCAGGUAGUGAGAAAGGUUAGCAAGCAAGGAUGUGAAAUAAUUGGGACUGACAAGUUAAUGAUUAUUUAUUACAGACAGAAAAUUGGAGGGGAAUUUUAGUUUAGGUAAUACAAUUUAUUUUUUACUUGUCAGACCUUCAAUCAGCUAAUUUCAAUUAUAUUUGAAACUAAAAAAAGACAAAAAUAUGUAAAAUUUCCUUUGGUGAAAUGUUCAUUAACUUGUAAUACAAAUUGUCUUUUAAAUGUGCAGAUGAAGCUCAGUAUAUGACAAAUCAAAAAAGAGAAAGUGUGUAUAACGUUAACAUGACACAAACUGUAUUUGACAGAAAUAAUUUUGACAUAUUUGUUAUUACAAAUUGUACACAUUUGUACAAAAGAUAGGUUGAAAUUAUUUAUUUAUAAGACUUGACAACAUCAUUGUAAUUAAAAAGUACAACACUUAAAAAAUUGAAUCUACCAUCAUUUAAAAGUGUAGACACAUUGAUGCCAAAAUUUGGCAGAAGAACCUGUAGCUUAAAAUAAUCACAAUUUCUAAGUUUUCUAUUAACUUCUGAAUCAAUAUUAAAUCAACUGUCUUAUUGUUUUUUUGCAAUGGAAUAUUAAACUUAUUAAUAACAAAUGUGGGAAUUCAUUUUCAUAUUAAGUGUACUUUUGGGAAAAAUAUUGUAAUAUAUCAGUGAAAUGUAUGCUUUGUUUUGUGGAUUUUGUAAGAAACUGAUAAAAAUUAAUAGUAAUAUUGUUAAAUCAAUUAAUUUUCUAUUGUCGUUCCUUUGAAAAGGACUAGAAAUAAAAGAUUAUUGAUAUUUUCUA